AGAGUUUGAACUCUUGGGCGGUAGUGUUGGCUGACAUAGACUUGAUGUGUAGAUUGUGCUAGUGUCCUGGAUUUGGAGAGGUUUCAACCAAGAUUCAGUUCAUUCUACCCUCACUUGAUAUCUGUGUUGUAUAGUACUCUCCUUUCUCCCACUUCCCAAGAAUUUCGUUCCCUAGUUCCAGAUUCUCAGUUUUGCUGCCGUACUGUAUUUGUAGCCUCAGUAUACCAUUCCCACUUUGCUCUUUCCAUUCAACACUGUGUCCUGUACUGGGCUGUACUGCGGGUAUCUCGGUGUGAGAGAGCAAGAGCAGUAAAAAUCAGGGAUAUAGUCCCCAGUGCUCCAGGAUGAAUAGGAACCCUAGCUGGUCUGACCAGCUUCAUGCAGUUCUCAAUUCAACUGAUGAAAAUAUGGCCCGGAUUAAGCAGAGCUUGUAUCCUCUUCGAGUUUCCUGUACAGGGAACCUGGCUGACACAUCGCCACUUGCCUCCUGGCUUUCCCCUCAACACUUGCCUCCUCAGCCAGGGGUCCAAGCUCAUCAGCCCUGGGCUCUAAAGACUCCCAUUCUUGGAGAGAGACUGAGCUGCACUGAAUCCCACAGCUCAUGUUCUCUCUGGGAUGAAGUUACUAAACUCCGAUCCCAGCUUCAGGCUCAGGCCCAGGUGACUGAGGCUCUAACACAUGCUGUGCAGAGCCUGUUGAAGGAUCGGGAGCAGCAGAUAAACAAGAUCAGUACUCUAGAAGCAUCAUUAAAAUUGCUUCAGGAGGGCCCAAAAGGGAGAGCCCUUCUGGAACAACGCCUGGAAGGAUUGAGAAAAGAAUUGCAGGGCCUUCGGAACAAGGUUCAAGAGCUUGUCCAAACCCAAAUGAAAACAAGACCAGGGAAGUUCAGUAGUACCAGUGGCUUUCACCAAGAGCUGCAGACUGAAAUGACACUGCUGUCACUCAUGCAGGCACCAACUUUUGUGGGAAGAGUCAGAGAUUCUUCGGGAGGAACUGAAGUUGCUUCGAGACCAGCUGAGCCAACAUCAGGAGUUGCUGCUGGAACAGAUGGCCGAGGGGCGCCGGGUUCAGGCCCGCAGCUGGAAGGAACUCUGUUCAUGCUCAGCAAUCUAAGCUGCCUCUGGCCACCAUCUUCGCCAUGUCUAUUUCUUCAUCUAGCUCUGAAGUCAGUCUUCCAGACUGUGACCAUAGCUGGGAACUUUUAAAGAAACUAGAUAGGGAACUCCAGAAUACCAUUUCUAACCUGGAACCCCGAAGCUCUCAGUGCUAUGCCCGGAGUCUUGGGCAAGAGGAUCUGUUCCAUCAGGGCCCCAAGAUCUUCCAGAG